AUGAUGAUAACAGGGAAGAGUGGAAGAGAAAACUGGCAGCAUGAGCUUGCCCUGGAAACGUCUGGGCUGCAGGUUAACUCCUCACUGGAAGAAGUGGUGUUGAUCCGUGUUAUCCCCGAGCAGGCCACAGGUCAAAAGGUGAAGGUUAUACAAGCUGAUUUCACUAAAAAUUCAGUGUACAAGAACAUUGAAAACAAUCUGAAAGGGUUGGAUAUUGUUGUUCUGAUUCAACCUGUCAAUGUCUUAUAGAUGACAAAAAUAGUUUUGCAACAGGUGGAACCAAGACAGAAGGGUCUAAUUCUGAAUCUGUCCUCUGGUCUGGGUACUUUCCCUUGUCCAUUCUAUACAAUAUACUGUCCAUUCAACAUAUUGUCCAUACAAUAUUCCUGUCCAUUCUGUACAAUAUACUCAGCUUCUAAGGCUUUUAUAAGCACUUUCUCCAAAGCACUACAUGCAGAGUAUAAGGGAAAGGGAGUUAUCAUAUAGGAGAUGCUGUAUCUUGUAAUGACUCCUUUUGGUGUCUCCACUACAAUGGAAAUGUACCAAAACCCAGACCUUAUUACAAAGGCAGCAGAAGAGUUUGUUGUUGAAUCACUGGAGUGUGCCACCUCUGGAGAUGAGAUUUUUGGACGUUUAGCCCAUGAAAUUCUGUUAAUUGAAUUUGAUUUGAUGAGAAAGAAAGAAUGUGUUACUAAGGCUGAUAUGGCACCAGUAAAAUUUGAAGAGAGGAAUACACAAUUCAUCCCUUUUUGGGUGUUCCACAGUGACAGACUUCAAGAAGCAGUCCUGCAUGUAUUUACCAGCUAUUUACAGAAGAAGUGGACCUGGUGGCAAGAGAAGCUUGGAGAGGUGUCUGCGAGGUGUGAGUUUUGA